AUGUCCUACCGCACGCUGGCCUGCACCUCCCGGCCUUCUCCAGCCUGCCCCGGCCUGCCUCCCUACCGCCCGCUGGCCUGCACCUCCCGCCCUCCUCCAGCCUGCCCCGGCCUGAUGUCCUACCGCCCGCUGGCCUGCCCCUCCCGCCCUCCUCCAGCCUGCCCCGGCCUGCCUCCCUACCGCCCGCUGGCCUGCACCUCCCGCCCUCCUCCAGCCUGCCCCGGCCUGCCUCCCUACCGCCCGCUGGCCUGCACCUCCCGCCCUCCUCCAGCCUGCCCCUGCCUGCCGCCCGCUGGCCUGCACCUCCCGCCCUCCUCCAGCCUGCCCCGGCCUGCCUCCCUACCGCCCGCUGGCCUGCACCUCCCGCCCUCCUCCAGCCUGCCCCUGCCUGCCGCCCGCUGGUCUGCACCUCCCGCCCUCCUCCAGCCUGCCCCGGCCUGCCUCCCUACCGCCCGCUGGCCUGCACCUCCCGCCCUCCUCCAGCCUGCCCCUGCCUGCCGCCCGCUGGCCUGCACCUCCCGCCCUCCUCCAGCCUGCCCCGGCCUGCCUCCCUACCGCAAGCUGGCCUGCACCUCCCGCCCUCCUCCAGCCUGCCCGGCCUGCCUCCCUACCGCCCGCUGGCCUGCACCUCCCGCCCUCCUCCAGCCUGCCCCGGCCUGCACCUCCCGCCCUCCUCCAGCCUGCCCCGGCCUGCCUCCCUACCGCCCGCUGGCCUGCACCUCCCGCCCUCCUCCAGCCUGCCCCGGCCUGCCGCCCUACCGCCCGCUGGCCUGCAUCUCCCGCCCUCCUCCAGCCUGCCCCGGCCUGCCGCCCUACCGCCCGCUGGCCUGCACCUCCCGCCCUCCUCCAGCCUGCCCCGGCCUGCCUCCCUACCGCCCGCUGGCCUGCACCUCCCGCCCUCCACCAGCCUGCCCCGGCCUGCCGCCCUACCGCCCGCUGGCCUGCACCUCCCGCCCUCCUCCAGCCUGCCCCGGCCUGCCUCCCUACCGCCCGCUGGCCUGCACCUCCCGCCCUCCUCCAGCCUGCCCCGGCCUGCCGCCCUACCGCCCGCUGGCCUGCACCUCCCGCCCUCCUCCAGCCUGCCCCGGCCUGCCUCCCUACCGCCCGCUGGCCUGCACCUCCCGCCCUCCUCCAGCCUGCCCCGGCCUGCCUCCCUACCGCCCGCUGGCCUGCACCUCCCGCCCUCCUCCAGCCUGCCCCGGCCUGCCGCCCUACCGCCCGCUGGCCUGCACCUCCAGCCUGCCCCGGCCUGCCUCCCUACCGCCCGCUGGCCUGCACCUCCCGCCCUCCUCCAGCCUGCCUCCCUACCGCCCGCUGGCCUGCACCUCCCGCCCUCUUCCAGCCUGCCCCGGCCUGCCGCCCGCUGGCCUGCACCUCCCGCCCUCUUCCAGCCUGCCCUGGCCUGCCGCCCACUGGCCUGCACCUCCCGCCCUCUUCCAGCCUGCCCCGGCCUGCCGCCCGCUGGCCUGCACCUCCCGCCCUCUUCCAGCCUGCCCCGGCCUGCCGCCCGCUGGCCUGCACCUCCCGCCCUCUUCCAGCCUGCCCCGGCUUGCCGCCCGCUGGCCUGCACCUCCCGCCCUCUUCCAGCCUGCCCCGGCCUGCCGCCCGCUGGCCUGCACCUCCCGCCCUCUUCCAGCCUGCCCCGGCCUGCCGCCCGCUGGCCUGCACCUCCCGCCCUCUUCCAGCCUGCCCCAGCCUGCCGCCCGCUGGCCUGCACCUCCCGCCCUCUUCCAGCCUGCCCCGGCCUGCCGCCCUGCCGCCCGCUGGCCUGCACCUCCCGCCCUCUUCCAGCCUGCCCCGGCCUGCCCCGGCCUGCCGCCCUGCCGCCCGCUGGCCUGCACCUCCCGCCCUCUUCCAGCCUGCCCCGGCCUGCCGCCCGCUGGCCUGCACUUAUUUCACCACGUCUCCACUAACCACCACUAA